ACUUGCCAAAAACAAACACCUCAAAAUUAUUUUAUGGGCUUCUUGAUAAUGUUAACAAAGGCUUCAGGCAUGUUGUCCGUAUGUCCAGUUGUACGUCAAUUGAACAAAAAUCCAAUCAAUUGGUGGUGAAGAAAUCUCUAAGGCUCUUCUUAGAGAUAGGGGAAGACAAACUGGGUUAUGCAUGCGAGUGCUAGCUCCUUCACUUCCACUUCUUGUGAUUAUAAUUUAGCAUAUAUUAUAUUAAUAAAAAAAAAUCUCAUACAUACAUCAACCACCAAUCUUAUCAAGUUGUUAUAUAGCUCCCAAGACGCAAUGUGCUUGUGUGCCAGGAACAGCUUCUGAAACACAGCCAUGGAAAAACAGAUAGCAAUCAUAGGAGCUGGUCUCAGUGGCCUUCUUGCUUGCAGAUACACAUUCUCAAAAGGUUUCCAUCCCAUAGUUUUCGAAGCAACAAGCAGCAUAGGAGGCGUAUGGACUAAAACUGUAGAGACUACAAAGCUCCAAACUCCUAAACCAUUCUACCAGUUCUCAGAUUUUCCAUGGCCAGAUUCUGUCACAGAUGAUUUCCCAAACCAGCAUCAAGUCUUAGAUUAUAUUGAAUCUUAUGCGCAGCGUUUUGACUUGCUUAAGCACAUCGAGUUCAAUACUAAAGUUGUUGGAAUCAACUAUGAAGGGCCUUCUCAGGAAGAGAUGGAGUCAUGGAGUCUUUGGGGUGGCACCGGCGAGCCCUUCAGCUCCAGAGGCAAAUGGAAAGUACAAGUCCAAGACACUCAAACCCUUUCAACUGAGGAAUAUCUUGUGGAUUUUGUGAUCCUUUGCAUAGGGAGGUUCAGCGAUGUUCCUAACGUUCCGGAAUUUUCUCCCGGAAAAGGCCCUGAGGCAUUUCAUGGGGAGGUGAUACACGCCGUGGACUACUUCAACAUGGAUUAUCAAAGUGCUAGGAAGUUCUUAAAAGGGAAGAGAGUUACUGUUGUGGGUUUUCAGAAAUCUGCACUGGAUAUUGCAUCGGAGUGCGCUGAGGCAAAUGGGGUUGAACAUCCAUGCAGAGUUUUAUACAGAACUGAACAUUGGACUGUCCCUGACUACCUUCCAUGGGGGGUGUCUUUAGCAUAUUUCUAUCUCAAUCGCUUCGCAGAACUCCUUGUUCAUAAGCCUGGUGAAGGUUUCCUUCUCAGUCUUCUGCCAACAAUUCUCUCUCCUUUGAGAUGGGCAUUCGCCAAAUUUAUGGAAACACACUGCAAGAAUAAGCUUCCAUUGGCAAAGUUUGGAAUGGUUCCCAAGCACAGUUUCCUUCAAGAAAUUAAUUCUUGUACACUCUCAACAGUUCCAGACAAAUUUUAUGACAAAGUUGAAGAGGGAAGCAUCUUGCUGAAGAAAGCUCCAAGUUUCAGCUUCUGCAAAGAAGGAAUUAAAGUCGAUGGUGAGGACCAACUCCUAGAGACUGAUCUGGUCAUAUUGGCUACAGGAUUUAGAGGUGAUGAGAAGCUUAGGGACAUCUUUCUGUCUAAAUUCUUUCAAGAAUGCAUCGUUGGGUCCCCUACUUCAGCAAUUCCCCUCUACAGGGAAUGCAUUCAUCCACAAAUACCACAGCUAGCAGUGCUAGGGUUUUCAGAAAGUAUUUCCAACUUGUUCACAUCAGAGAUGAGAAGCCGAUGGGUAGCAGAGCUUCUCGAUGGCACAUUCAAGAUGCCAAGCAUAAAGGAGAUGGAAGAAGAUGUGAAAAAAUGGGAUCAAUAUAAGAAGAGAUAUUCAAGAUCAUACUACAGAAGAUCAUGCAUUGGAGCUCUUCAUAUUUGGUACAAUGAUCAACUCUGCAAAGACAUGGGAUGGAACCCUAAGAGAAAGAAAGGAUUCUUUGCUGAACUCUUCGAGCCUUAUGGACCCAUGGAUUACGUUUCUCCUUCCUGAAGUAGCCAUCGUUGUAGUUUUGAUGUGUGUGUGCUUUACUUGUAAUAUGUGAAAUAAGGAGAUUGUUACUUAAGCAGAGACGGUGGUGUAAAUUUUAUGAGGCAAUAAGUGAAACAAUCUGCAGAAACAA